AUGGAGAGCUUUUCUUUAUCGAUUAUGGCGUUUGAUCGACUGGUUGCCAUCAGUUGUCCUUUUCGGUACCACACGGUGAGUCCUCUCCCUCACUGUUACUCAACAGUGAAGUACACUUUCUGUGACUAUGCUGCCAUAAAAAUGGCCAGCACUUGUUUGACCCACUUGAUUGUGGUAACAUGUUAUUACUCACAAUUAUUUAUCGCCGUUGUCCUCACCAGGUUAGGUGUGGUAUUAACUCUUGAGGCCCGCCAUGGCUUAAUGAUCGGGUCUGCCCUCGGCCCAUCACUUGUCAAUCCUUUUGUGUACUGUUUAAGGACAAAAGAAAUUAAAAGUAAGAUCUUUAGGGUAUUCAAAAAAGUUGUGACAUCUCAGUAG